CACACCACCGUGCCCGACCAUCUAGCCAGAAGCGGUUAGCUAAUUGUGCCGUUGCUGUAUAUUUUUUAAUUGUAUAGUCAGUGGGCCGUCAUGUUCUUGCAGUAUUACAACACGUUUUUGGUUUGGGACUCAAUAAUACGUUUAACUUCCCUCUAGCUGUCCUAUAUGUGUUGUUUUAGACCAAGCUAUCCUGUUUGUUGUUAGCUUUCUGUUAGCGCGAGCGGCUAACCCCAGACCGACGGGCUGCUUUGAUGAAGACGCCUCGCUGAAAAACAAAACGGCGUCUGAAACUGAACGGCUGCAGUCGCUCUUCUCGGUCUCUAAGUCUGAUUCUCCGGGUUGAUUGGAGCUCCAGUAGCGGUGAAAAAUGUCCCACGGUAAACGCAAGGAGAUCUACAAGUACGAGGCUCCGUGGACGGUGUUCGCCAUGAGUUGGAGCGUCCGGCCGGACCGGCGCUUUCGGCUGGCGCUGGGCAGCUUCGUGGAGGAGUACAACAACAAAGUGCAGCUGGUCGGUCUGGAGGAGGAAAGCUCUGAGUUUGUGUGUAGAAACACCUUCGAUCAUCCGUAUCCCACAACGAAGAUCAUGUGGAUCCCAGACUCUAAAGGAAUUUACCCAGACUUACUGGCCACCAGUGGAGACUACCUGCGCAUAUGGAGGGUGGGUGACACAGACACAAGACUAGAGUGCCUCCUCAACAAUAACAAAAACUCUGAUUUCUGCGCACCCCUCACUUCCUUCGAUUGGAACGAGAUUGACCCCAACCUGCUUGGUACGUCAAGUAUCGACACCACCUGCACCAUCUGGGGACUAGAGACAGGGCAAGUGUUGGGGAGAGUCAAUCUGGUCUCUGGCCAUGUCAAAACACAGCUCAUUGCCCAUGAUAAAGAGGUGUAUGAUAUUGCGUUCAGCCGGGCUGGCGGAGGGCGGGACAUGUUUGCGUCAGUUGGAGCGGAUGGUUCGGUUCGUAUGUUUGAUCUGCGGCACCUGGAGCACAGCACCAUCAUCUACGAGGACCCUCAGCACCACCCAUUGCUGCGCCUCUACUGGAACAGGCAGGACGCCAACUACCUGGCCACCAUGGCCAUGGACGGCAUGGAGGUUGUUAUUCUGGACGUGCGUGUACCUUGUACUCCAGUGGCCAGGCUUAAUAACCAUCGUGCAUGUGUAAAUGGCAUCGCCUGGGCUCCCCACUCCUCCUGCCACAUAUGCACGGCUGCGGACGACCACCAGGCUCUGAUCUGGGACAUCCAGCAGAUGCCGCGGGCCAUCGAGGACCCCAUCCUGGCCUACACGGCCGAAGGGGAGAUCAACAACGUGCAGUGGGCUUCCACCCAGCCCGACUGGAUCUCCAUCUGCUACAACAACUGCCUGGAGAUCCUGCGAGUGUGAAGGCCGGACGUCCAGUAGGUCCUAAUAAAUCUUAGCAACAGUAUUGCUGUCCCUUUUAACAGCACCUUUUUUGACACCUGUUGCACCCCACCUGGGUCAGGCAGGCAGGGGGAGUUAAACCCUGGAUGAAGUGGAUGUACCCAGGUAGAUGUACAACUGGAAGGUUCACUUUCAAUCUCGUUCUCUCUUUUGUAUUUGUUUUUUUUAUUACAUUCUACUUGGAGUAAAUCAAUAGUUGUUAUUGUUGUAUUUCAUUUUGGGAUAAUUACCUUCUUCAAAAUGGCUGCACGUGAUCAGUGAUAUAAAUUUAAGUUGAACUGUGUUGGCAUUUCAGUAAGGAUUGUGCUCAAGGUACACGUGAGCUUACUUUUAUUGUAGCAGCUACUCUUUACAAUUACUGUGAUUGGCACAGAUGAGAAUAAUGCUCAGAUUCUUUGAGGUGGGCAGAUUGGCCCUGGGGCUAAAAACAUGGCUUUUGUAUUUUGUAUAAUUGUAUAAACUAUUAUAUUUAAUGUGAAUUUAAGCUGUACAUACAAGCUUUUUAUACAGCAAAUACUGGCAGUGGUUCAGAAUCUCCAUUUUCAAAUACUGCCAAUGAAUGACCGUUGUGAUGUGCCUGAUAAGUCACUUGCAGGUUUUCAGUUGAAUAGGGCCAUUUUCAAAGACAUUAUUUAAACUCAAGCAGCUGAAGUCUUGUUCUCCACAUUUUUGGGAAGUUUAUUUUAACGUAAUACCAAUUCUUUUUUUGUUAUUGAUUGUUAUUACGUGUGAUUUUAGUUUCGCACAGUAUCUGUGGCUUCUACAAGCAUAUAAAAAGUAUUAUUAUUGAUCAAAAUCAGUUUCCAAUGAGAAGUAGUCAUGCUGUGCUGCAAUGUUUUCCUGUUCAUGUACUUCAUGUAUUUCUUAUGUAAUGUAGCUUUGAUAUGUACAGAAGUAAGUGGGGGUGCAUCCACUUGCAAACAGUUGUUAAAAAUAAACACAGCACUCUGAAACAUC